UGUGGGGUGAGCGCAGCGCCGGUACUGGCACCGGUACCGGUGUCCCCCCCUCCGGGGCUGGGGCUCCACCGACCCCAUGAGCCCGCUUUGCCUUCGCCCAUCAGCCGUCCCCUUCGCCUCCGUGGCUUAGGGUUGCGUGGUUUUGUUCCCCCCUCCCCAGUUUAUUUUACUUUUUACAGUCUAUUUUUGUACACUUUCCUAUCGAACCAUGGUGCUGGGGAAGGUGAAGAGUUUGACGAUAAGCUUCGACUGUCUGAAUGACAGCAAUGUCCCCGUCUACUCCAGCGGGGACACAGUCUCAGGAAGGGUCAGUUUAGAAGUGACGGGGGAAAUCCGAGUGAAAUCGCUCAAAAUCCACGCCCGGGGAAACGCCAAAGUGCGCUGGACCGAGUCAAGGAACGCAGGGUCCAACACUGCCUACACGCAGAACUACACGGAAGAAGUGGAGUAUUUCAACCAUAAGGACGUGCUGGUCGGGCAGGAGAGAGAUGAUGAUAAUUCAGAAGAAGGCCUCCACACCAUCCACUCGGGGAGGCACGAAUAUGCAUUCAGCUUCGAGCUUCCACAGACACCACUUGCUACCUCAUUCGAAGGCAGACAUGGCAGUGUGCGCUAUUGGGUGAAGGCCGAGUUGCAUAGGCCUUGGUUUCUACCAGUAAAAUUAAAGAAGGAAUUUACAGUCUUUGAACAUAUAGAUAUCAACACUCCUUCAUUACUGUCACCCCAAGCAGGCACAAAAGAAAAGACUCUCUGUUGUUGGUUUUGUACCUCAGGCCCAAUAUCCUUAAGUGCCAAAAUUGAAAGGAAGGGCUACACCCCAGGUGAAUCAAUUCAGAUCUUUGCUGAGAUUGAGAACUGCUCUUCCCGUGUGGUGGUGCCAAAGGCAGCCAUUUACCAAACGCAGGCAUUUUAUGCCAAAGGGAAAAUGAAGGAAGUCAAGCAGCUUGUUGCCAACCUGCGUGGGGAUUCCUUGUCAUCUGGCAAAACUGAAACCUGGAAUGGCAAACAGCUGAAAAUUCCACCUGUUUCCCCUUCAAUCCUGGACUGUAGUAUAAUCCGUGUGGAGUACUCUCUGAUGGUGUAUGUCGAUAUUCCUGGCGCCAUGGAUUUAUUCCUUAACCUACCGCUGGUCAUUGGUACCAUUCCUCUACACCCAUUUGGUAGCAGAACAUCGAGUGUGAGCAGUCAGUGUAGCAUGAACAUGAACUGGCUUGGGCUGACACUGCCUGAAAGACCCGAAGCACCUCCCAGCUAUGCAGAAGUGGUCACGGAGGAACAGAGACAGUCCAGCCUUGCACCCAUAGGUGCUUGUGAUGACUUCGAGAGAGCGCUUCCAGGACCAUUGUUUGCCUACAUCCAGGAGUUCCGUUUCCUGCCUCCACCCCUCUAUUCAGAAAUCGAUCCAAACCCCGAUCAGCCUACAGAUGACAGACCAUCUUGUCCCUCCCGUUGAAGGAAUGUGUGAAAAGCUGACUCGACUUGGGUUUUGAAUCGUACCUGGCGUGUUGAAGGUCAAGGCGUCAUCGUGGAGACAAUUUCAAAGGGAGCCAUUUUGCUCUUGCCUUUAUGGUGAAUAAAUGAAAGCAACCUGUGAUCAUGCUUUUGAAGCCUACAGUAACGUUGUAGGACUGCUCCACAUGCUUGAAGAUCUGAGCUUUCCUCCCCUUCCCCCUUCCUUAAAUACUGGCACAUACUAGGAGCAGCCUUACUAACCUACAGUCAUGUGUGUCAAAACACUCAAACCACAUUGUGAGAGAGGGGAUAGCUUCCUCCUAUGAUUUGGAAAUUUGCACAUGCUCAUUGCUUAUGUUGUGCGGUUCGGUGUCACUACAGCUUUUUCUCAUCUAUGCCGGACUGUUAUUAUCCUCCCCCCUUCUUUGUUUGUGGUCCGCACAAUAAGGAGCAAAAGAAAGCUUUGGGAAAAAAAAAAAAAAAAGGAAAAAAAAAAAAACCAAAAAAACCCAACAACAGCAGCAGCAACAGACUUUGACAAAUGCACUGACUUUUCUUUUUUUUUUUUUUUUUAAUUUAAUGUAGCCUGGACUUUACCUGCAUAUGCACAUGCUCAGAAUUGUUAUGGUAGGCUGAUCAUGUAUCACCUCUUCAGCUUGGAUCCUGUUGUGGAUUUAUUUACGAACAUCAAAUGCCUUCAAGCCAAUCCUUCUUGCUGUAUGUUUUGCAGCCUACUGUAGUAGAUAAGCAACAGAUGUGGGGAUGAACACCCUGGCGGUGUUCCAAGGCCAAGUUGGGUGGGGCCUUGGGCAGCCUGAUCUAGUGGGGCAUGUCCCUGCCCAUGGCAGGGGGGUUGGAACUGGAUGAUCUUUAAGGUCCCUUCCAACUCAAACUAUUCUAUGAUUCUAAGAUGGGUUUUGAGGGGGGAGAGUUUGUAGAAAGAAACUUAAUAGACUUCAUCACGAUUGUAUACCUUCUUGAUUUCUUUUAAGAAUUUGUUGCCUUUCUACUAUUAUCGCAAAGCAGCAUUUUGUUACAGACUGCCUAAAAAUCACUUAAUCUCAGGUGAACUCAUCACUUGCCAAACUGUUGGAAUGCUAUUUGUUUUGUUACGUUGCACUGUUGAGUUACUUUUCUUCUUUGUUUCGUGUUUGUGUUUUGUUUUUUGUUCUUUAUUAAAGAGGGGGAUCUGGAUUAGGGACAUACACAAAAGUUACAAAACCCACCCUCAUUCCUAUUUCUUUUUACAUAUAUAUAAAAAAAGAUCUUCACAUGAAGCUUUAAAAAAGAAUAAAAAAGGCACAACUGAAAGCAGCACCAGCAGACACCAGCUCAGCCUCGAAAGAAUUUUAAAAGGAAAUAGUCAUACGCUGUCUAGGACUCAUAGACAGAGUGGUAUCUCAAGUAGUAGGGAUGGGAAGGGAAAUUAAAUUUAUUUUUAUAUAUAUAGUUACCUAAUCACCAAAAAUUCUCUAUGUAAUGAGUCUCUAGUAGAAAGUAUAUUUCAAACUGCAGGAAAAGCUUGGACUAUGCCAAGAGCUCAGUUUGUGCACUUUGUAUUCUCUUCAGGGCUUAUGAUACUGUAAAAAGAGUUAAGACUUCAACUGGGCAAGAUCAGUGUUACCAGCCAUAUUUGUUAGCUUUGAUGAUUACAUCUUCUGUAGUACUCCUAGGAGCUUUAAAACAAAACAAGACAGCAACUUUCAACCUGUAUUCAUUUUAUGGAAAAAGCACUCGCCUCCUUUGGUGUGCCAAGGAGGAAGAGAGUGCAGUGGGGAUAUGAAAUGUGCUAAGAACCAAUGCCAGCACUUAAACACGCUAGAGAUUUCACACCAGAAGUGAGCUUUCCUUUGCAGAAAUUGCAUAAUGCACAUCAGUAACAAAGGGAUGUGCUUCUGGUGUUGACUACGUAAAUCGAGAUGUAAUCCAUCAAGCGUCUUGUCUCCUUGUGCAAUAAAACAGCUUGGAAGGGAGCGGGAGAGGGUGGCUGGUGCUUUUGUGUGGUGCUUGUUCUUAAAAUCGCCUCUGCCUUGUUUUUAAGGCUUCAUAAAUGCGACAAAACAAUAGGCUUUUCCAUAAGUGGCCUUCAUGAGAACAUGAACAAUAGUUCAUGUUUCAAAAAUGACAACAGGGUGAUAAAAUAUAAGUGAGUCGCGUUUUAAGUGAUUCAGUUAAAAAGCUUGGGCUUUGAGCAAAAAUAUUGGAUGAGAAGGAAACUGGGUGAUGUCUGAGGUUACCAGGCCAAUUUUGUGAAUGUCCCUUCCUUUUACCCUCUCCAAACAGACAAUUUUAAACGCUGAUGGGAUCGUUGGCAUAAAAGGGCAUUUGGUGGUUUUACUUUCUUUUCCUUUUUUUGUUACUUUGACAGACUAGGGAACAAUUGCCGAUACACAUAGCAUUAAGUACUUAACACAGUAUAAAUGAAAAUCACAUACAAAGCAGGAUUGACCAAAUUCUUAGUGAUUGGCAUGGUGUCAUCACAGCCUUUUUGAUCAGUGGGUAAACUCUAUGAAUUUAUCAAAUAAAGAUUUCCAGUUUGAAUUAACAUUAGUUGUUAAGAGGCAUUACUCUUCCGCAAAUAUCGAUCAAUUCGUGUUACAAAACAUGAGGUUCACAGCUGUAGCCCGGUGUUUGAUAGAAUUCUGAUCUGGAUUAGGAAAAAGUGAGUAAAAUCCAAACAUUAGAGAAACAAAGUGCAAUAUUAAAUGUUUGCUUUAUAGAUUAUAUUCUAUGGCUGUUUGUACUUUUCU